AUCCAUGACCCAAAAGAUGUUUGUAGAUUGCUGCACUUUCUUUUGCUUUCCCUCACAUUAUUUACCAUCUUUCCAAAGCAGUAUAUCCAGAUACGCUCUUGUAAAGCUUCUCUUCUGAAUCACCAACAAUGUAUCUACCAUUCAUGGGCGACUACUACCAAGUACGCCAACCAUCCCACCGAGCGCCCUUUCCAUGUUGAUCUCCACUCGCGCGAUCCUCACAAAGGCCAACCUCGCAGACUUUCUCCUGAUGAAACUUUACCGCGCCCGCCCUCUAAUCCUUUGACACAUCGCCGGGGUCGCAAAGCAGCUGGUGGACGCCUUUGCCGAACCCUCUUGCCUCUUGGCUUGUUGCCUUCGCCUCUCCAUCCCAUGUUCGCUCCUCCUACGUGCAUAACCACCUCCAACACCAAACAGUCCGGCUCACUAGUCAACAGCUGCUCGGUAGUCGCGCCACUGUUCCAUCGUCGGAUCUUGCUCGCUCUGGAUGCAAGAAUGGCGGCGACCGGCAGCACGCCGACGAUGCCGGCGACGGUGACGCCCCUGCCGGGCUACGGCUACCAGGGCUCUGCCGCGGGCGCCGAGCCUCUCCGCAGCUCCUCGGGCUCCAUCGGCACGUUCUUCGGGGUGUUCGCGGCCGUCCUCUUGCUCACCUUGCUGUCCUGCGUCUUCGGCCGGGUGUGCGCGGCGCAGGCCGAGGGCCCCGACGAGCGGUACGACUGCACGCGGCUGGCCCGGCGGUGGUGCGGGUGGCCGGCGCAUCGCCGGGCCGUCGUGAAGCGGGAGGCGAAGCCGCCGCCGCCCGUGGUGGAGGCGCCCGCGGCGUUGCCACCGCCGGAGGAGCCGUGAAGAAGCCGCUGCCGCCGGCGAGGUUCAAGGCCUCUUCUUCCACUCUCCUCCGAAUUACGAUUAUUAGUGGGAAAGUCUGAUAGGAGAAAGAAUCAAUAAUUUGCUAUCUGUUGUUUGAUCAUCUGUUCGUAGCGUCACUCGUGAUGGGAUUGUUUUGUAGUACAGUAUUCUUCAGCAUGGAUAUAUAAAUGCUUUUUUAUUAGAAUAUUGGAUCUCCCAAA